CGGCCCGGCCCGGCCAUGGCGGCCCCCCGCCCGCCUCCCGCCAUCUCCGUGUCCGUCUCGGCGCCGGCUUUUUACGCCCCGCAGAAGAAGUUUGCCCCGGUGGUGGCCCCCAAACCCAAAGUGAACCCUUUCCGGCCCGGGGACAGCGGCGAGCCUCCUGCGGCGGCUGGGGCCCAGCGCGCACAGAUGGGCCGGGUGGGUGAGAUCCCCCCGCCGCCUCCCGAAGACUUCCCCUUGCCUCCUCCUCCACUCCCUGGGGACGGCGACGACUCGGAGGGUGCCCUGGGAGGUGCCUUCCCACCUCCGCCUCCCCCGAUCGAAGAGCCGUUCUUCGAUCAGUUUCCCCCUGCGCCCCUGGAAGAGGACAUCUUCCCCUCCCCACCGCCUCCGCUGGAGGAGGAGGGGGCGCCUGAGGCCUCCAUCCCGCCGCUCCCACCACAGCCCAGGGGGAAGGUGAGCAGUAUCGACCUGGAGAUCGACUCUCUGUCCUCACUGCUGGAUGACAUGACCAAGAAUGAUCCCUUCAAAGCCCGGGUGUCUUCUGGAUACAUACCCCCACCAGUUGCCACUCCAUUUGUUCCCAAGCCCAGCACAAAGCCUUCGCCUGGGGUUACAGCACCCCUACCUCCUUGGAAGGCUACUCCUGGCACCCAGUCCCCACCUCAGCCCCAGGCCAAGCCUCAGGUUCAGUUUCAAGUCCAGCCUCCACCCCAGACCAAACCCCAGGCCCACCCGCAGCAGCCGCCUAUGCCGCAGGCGUCUUUGCCUAGCACACAGCCGCCCCGUGGGCCCCUUGCUCCAGCCCCAGCCCCUAAGUUUGCUCCAGUGGCUCCUAAGUUUACUCCUGUGGCUUCCAAGUUCAGCCCUGGUUCUCCAAGUGGACCCGGGUCACAGCCCAAUCAAAAGUUGGGCUCUCAGGAAGGUUCCGUGGGCACAGGCUCCCCUCAGCCCCCCAGCUCCACCUAUGCUCAGCAAAAGGAGAAGCCUCCGGUUCAGGAGAAGCAGCACCCAGUGCCUCCUCCAGCUCAAAACCAAAACCAGGUGCGCUCUCCUGGGACCCCAGGGCCCUUGACCCUGAAGGAAGUGGAGGAGUUGGAGCAACUGACCCAGCAGCUCAUGCAGGACAUGGAGCACCCUCAAAGGCAGACCGUGGCCGUGAGUGAGUCCUGUGGCCGAUGCCAUCAGCCUCUGGCCCGGGCACAGCCUGCGGUCCGUGCCCUGGGGCAGCUGUUCCACAUCCCCUGCUUCACGUGCCACCACUGUGAGCAGCAGCUCCAGGGGCAGCAGUUCUACAGCCUGGAAGGGGCGCCGUUCUGCGAGGGCUGCUACACGGAGACCCUGGAGAAGUGCAACACCUGCGGGCAGCCCAUCACUGACCGCAUGCUGAGGGCCACUGGGAAAGCCUACCACCCACAGUGCUUCACCUGCGUGGUCUGCGCCUGCCCCCUGGAGGGCACCUCUUUCAUUGUGGACCAGGCCAACCGGCCCCACUGCGUCCCGGACUACCACAAGCAGUACGCCCCGAGGUGCUCCGUGUGCGCCGAGCCAAUCAUGCCCGAGCCUGGCCGAGAUGAGACCGUGCGCGUGGUGGCUCUGGACAAGAACUUCCACAUGAAAUGUUACAAGUGUGAGGACUGUGGGAAGCCCCUUUCCAUCGAGGCAGAUGACAACGGCUGCUUCCCUCUGGACGGCCACGUCCUGUGUCGGAAGUGCUACUCUGCCCGAGCCCAGACCUGAGCGAGGAGAGGCCUCCUCCCCGAGGAACGGCAGGCCCAUUCCCCAUCGUGGGCAUGGGCCACCCAUACUGAGACCAAUCCUUGCCUCUACCGUCCUGCCCCUCCCUCCAUUCCAAACCCCUCCCUGGUAUCUCAAGUGCCCUGACCUAAGGCCUCAGGGUGCUGAGGUCCAGCCCUUGCCUGUCCUGCAGGGAUCGCCCACAGUCCUGAGGUCCCCACUCCAAGGGGGGACACCAGGCCAGUGCUGCUGCUUGCACCGCCGCACCGAUGCCCUCAGCUGACCCGAGCAGCCCCUGCAACGUGCUUGCUGAGGGUGGGAGAAGCCUGACCCUCUGGGAGCCUGGCCCCAGCAGCCUGAAUGCCCACCCCGCCUCGGACGCCAGGUUGUGGCCACAGCGACAGAUUAAAAACCUCAUUUUCCAGA